AAAUUGCACCCUUUAGCCUUUCUUGUCUACAGGUUCGCUUGCUGCAAAUUGCAGUGUCACGUGAGAAAUGUUGAGCUGUGUUUUCGUCAGCGGCCGAAAAGGGGACGGCUAUAUUCUGCACCGACAACAAACACGAAUACACCGACGGCCCACGGAGUAGAGCCGAAAGUCUAGCACCAAAACGACUGCAAACGGCAAUCGAUACAUGUUACCAGUGCACAAGCACAAGAAGAAGGCCCCUUUUAAUUUGUAACAAGAAGGUUUUUAAACGGGCAAAUGUGGAUCAUUCCAGAGGAGGUUUUACUGGCUAACGCGCUCUGGGUUAGCGAGAGGGCGAACCCCUUCUUUAUUCUCCAGCGAAGAAAAGGACACGGAAAAGGAGGGGGUAUCGCCGGUCUGCUGGUGGGCACCCUGGAUGUGGUGCUUGACUCCAGUGCGAGAGUCGCCCCCUACAGGAUUCUUCAUCAAACGCAGGAUUCACAGAUCUACUGGAGCAUUGCCUGUGGCUCCUCUCGAAAAGAGAUCACAGAGCACUGGGAUUGGCUGGAAGCGAACCUGCUGCAGACUCUGUCCAUAUUCGACAAUGAGGAGGACAUCACUACCUUCGUCAAGGGCAAGAUCCAGGGCAUCAUUGCCGAGGAGAACAAGAAUAAGGAGGUUCCUGAGGACGAGGAUUCUGGGAAGUUCCGUGAGGCGGAGCUGAAGAUGCGGAAGCUGUUUGGAAUGCCGGACGAGGAGAAGCUGGUGAAUUACUACUCCUGCAGCUACUGGAAGGGGCGGGUCCCUCGCCAGGGCUGGGUCUACCUGAGUGUUAAUCACCUCUGCUUCUACUCCUUCCUGUUGGGCAAGGAAGUGACGCUGGUCAUCCAGUGGACAGACGUGACUCAGCUUGAGAAGAACGCCACGCUGCUGUUCCCGGAGAGCAUCCGAGUGAGCACGCGGGACACCGAGGACUUCUUCUCCAUGUUCCUCAACAUCAACGAGACCUUCAAGCUGAUGGAGCAGCUCGCCAACAUCGCCAUGCGGCAGCUACUUGACAACGAGGCCUUCUCCGCUGACCGCUCUCUGCCCAAGCCGCGCAAGGCCCACAAGAACAUCUCCACACUGAAGAGGGACCUGGAUGCCAGAGCGAAGAACGAGAGGUACCGGGCCACAUUCAGGCUGCCCCAGAGCGAGAAGCUGGACGGACACACGGACUGCACCCUUUGGACUCCCUUCAACAAGAGGCACAUCGUGGGACAGAUGUUCGUCUCCAACAACUACAUCUGUUUCUCUAGCAAGGGGGAAGACCUGUGUCACCUUAUCAUCCCACUCCGAGAGGUGUCAGUAGUGGAGAAGGCAGACAGCUCUAGUGUCCUGCCCAGCCCACUGUCCAUCAGCACCAAGAACAAGAUGACCUUCCUGUUUGCCAACCUGAAGGACCGGGACUUCCUGGUCCAGAGAAUCUCUGACUUCCUGCAGCGCACCCCAGACAAGCAACAGCAUAAUAGCAAAGAACAGCAUGACCCCUCCAGCCCUGUAUUCCCAGCCUCCAGCAGCCCCUCCUCUUCCCUGGAGAGCCGGCCUGCCCAGUACUACAGCCCUGACCUGGCCACCGCUACCCGGGGCCUGCUGAGCAUCUUCAAGAGGGAUGCCCCCGAGGAGCUGGGGCCCAAGGCGGCAAAGGAGAAGAUGAAGGAGGAGUCGUGGAACAUUCACUUCUUUGAGUUUGGCCGGGGGGUGUGCAUGUAUCGCACAUCCAGGACCCGAGAUCUAGUGCUAAAUGGCAUUCCAGAGGGCUUGCGUGGGGAGCUGUGGCUGCUCUUCUCAGGUGGCCUGAACGACAUGGCGAUGCACCCUGGGUACUACGCCGAUCUGGUGGAGCAGUCUAUGGGCCGGUGCACUCUGGCCACGGAGGAGAUUGAAAGGGACCUGCACCGCUCCAUGCCUGAGCACCGCGCCUUCCAGAACGAGAUGGGCAUCGCUGCUCUGCGCCGUGUCCUCACUGCCUACGCCUACCGCAACCCAGGCAUCGGCUACUGCCAGGCUAUGAACAUUGUCACUUCGGUUCUGCUGCUGUACUGCACUGAGGAGGAGGCCUUCUGGCUGCUGGUGGCUCUGUGUGAGAGGAUGCUGCCGGAUUACUACAACACCCGGGUGGUGGGUGCCCUGGUGGAUCAGGGGGUGUUCGAGGAGCUGACGCGGGAGUGCCUGCCCCUGCUGUACGAGCGCAUGCAGGAUCUGGGGGUCAUCUCCACCAUCUCGCUGUCCUGGUUCCUCACCCUCUUCCUCAGCGUCAUGCCCUUCGAGAGUGCAGUGCUGGUGGUCGACUGCUUCUUCUACGAGGGCAUCAAGCUCAUCUUCCAGGUGUCCCUGGCCGUGCUGCACGCCAACAUGGAUCAGCUGCUGGGCUGCAGCGAUGAGGGAGAGGCCAUGACCAUCCUGGGCAGGUACCUGGACAAUGUUGUUAACAAGCAGACCGUGUCGCCACCCAUCCCUCACCUCCAUGCAUUACUGACCAGUGGAGAUGAACCCCCUCCUGAAAUAGAUGUCUUCGAACUCAUAAAGGCAUCUUACGAGAAGUUUGGCAGCCUGCGUGCAGACGUGAUUGAGCAGAUGAGGUUUAAACAGAGACUGAAAGUGAUCCAGUCAUUGGAGGACACAGCCAAGAGGAGUGUGGUGCGCUCCAUCAUGACUGACUCUGCCUUCACCAUUGAGGAGCUAGAGGAGCUCUAUGUGCUUUUCAAGGCGAAGCACAUCAUGACUUGCUACUGGGGAGCGAGCUCGAGUGCGGCGGAGCACCAUGACCCCAGCCUGCCCUACCUGGAGCAGUAUCGCAUUGACCUGGGUCAGUUCAGCCAGCUGUUCGGAGCACUGACCCCCUGGGGCUGCGGGACGCACACCCCCGUCCUCGCUGCCCGCCUCUUCCGCCUGCUCGACCACAACAAGGACAGCCUCAUCAACUUCAAGGAAUUCGUCACUGGCCUCAGUGGGAUGUACCAUGGAGAUCUGACUGAGAAAUUAAAGAUGCUUUACAAACUCCACCUGCCUCCAGCUCUGUGUCCAGAGGAAGCGGAGUCAGCACUGGAAGCCACUCAAUACUUCACGGAUGACCCCAGUCCACAAGAGACUCCUUUCAUCUCCGACCUGGACUUCCUGCUUCAGGAAGGGGGCUCAGCAACGAAUCUGCAGGCUGCAGAAGCCAGAGACGAGACAAGGAAUGACAACUCCAAACAGAAAAAAGAGGAGAAGAUCCAGGAUUACCGGUAUUACCUUCGCAUGUGGGCCAAAGAGAAGGAGCAAAAAAAAGAGACCAUCAAAGACCUGCCCAAAAUGAACCAGGAGCAGUUCAUCGAGCUCUGUAAAACCCUGUACAACAUGUUCAGCCAAGACCCUUCUGAGCAGGAGCUGUAUCACUCCAUCGCAACAGUGGCAAGCCUUCUUCUGAGAAUCGGAGAAGUUGGCAAGAAGUUCACAAACCACACCCCAAAGAAGCCAGAGAACCACCACAGAACACGCCCUGCUUCUCUUAAACUGCCUGCUCUAGAGAAGGAGCCCUCUACCAGUAUGCAAGAGGAAAGCAAGGGAGGGAAUCCAGGCGAGGUCCAGUCUCCAGAGGCCCCAGUAGAGCAGGCAGAGAGCCCUCAGCCGCCCACAUCGGAUGAGGAAGCCAAAGACGACACUUCAAUUUCUUCUUUCUCGAUCGUGAGCGCUAGCUCCCUGCAGUGUGAGGACAUUGCUGAGGACACGGUCCUGAUUGGCUGCGGAGAGCAGCGAACGUGCAGCACCCUGGAUGCUGAUUGGUCCAUCUCCUUUGAGCAGAUCCUGGCCUCCAUCCUGACUGAGGCACCCCUGGUCGACUUCUUUGAGAAACGGAAAGACAUCCGCAUCAAAAUAGCCGACUGCAAGGGCCAAAGGACCAUUGAGAGGCAGGUCAGCUCCUCCAGCGACUGUGAGCUCUCGCUGCUUUCGGGCUGAAUGCCCCACCUGAGGUGGAAUGACAGGAAAUCCCAGAGGUGAUCUUUGACACGACCCCAGGCUCCAAAGCACCCUCGCUUGCCCUUAAAAAAAACUCCUCCAGACUCUCAUCCGGGGCUGGGUUUAUGAUUGGUUAAUGCUCGCCUUGCUGCAGGCAUCAGCUUUCAGCCACACAUGCUGGCUUCAGGCACACUUCAUUUUUAAUUUUAAAGUAUCUAUAUAAAUACCUAUCUUUUGCAAUGUUAGUUUGUAUGAAGUAUACGGUACGUAAGUGUGUAUGUAUGUAUCUAAACAUGUGUCUGUAUACACAUGCUCAUUAAUUCUGUCCAUAUCUGUCAUAAAGCAUUAAGAAUGUGUGUGCUCGAAUGGAUAGUCAUAUAUAUUCCAGCACUUUUACAGCCUGUGAGAAGGAAAAAUCAUUUGCUGCCUGAUAAGGUGAGGAAUAUGUGAGUCUGUGCAUGUGGUAUUUGAAUGCAUUGAUAAUAGUGUGUCUAAAGUACACACAUAAAGUAUAAACAGUAUAGAAGAGAGAACAGAACUCCAUAGGUGUCAACAUUACCGAUUUUAUAAUUUUGGGUUUGCACAGCGGCAUCAAGGUGUUUUUUCUGUGUUCUGCUCAGAACAGCGUCCUUAAUGCAGCAGGUAAAUAAUGCAGUGUUUUAUAGCGGUUCAUUUCAAUUGAAUAAGUUACAAAAGCUUUAAAUUUUGUACGCCUUUUCCCUUUCAUUUUCUUUUUCACUCAUUUGGGUGUACAGCGUUUGCAUUCAAUCCCACCUCUUAAUUUCACUUCGGCCGUUUAUUCUAUUCAUGCCAUUGUGAGCGGUUAUGGCGUUUGCCAGUUCAAUUGCAUGUUUCUGGCCAUUCAGCACUGUUGGUGCCGCCUGCUGUAUUGUAGAUAAUAAUUCAUGGAACAAGAUUCAGCCAUUCUAAGUUCCUAUGAUUUUGACAGUACUGUUCUCGCACACAUCCAGUUCUGUCAUAAUUGAUAAGCUUGACACAGUCUCGUUGACAGACUGAAGGCAUUAUGACUUAUCCUGGCAAAUCAACCCCUUAGCCUGGUGGAAUCCUGAUGAUUGAUUACAGUAUAGCAGUGUCUGUAACAGUGUGGCUGUGUCAUGUUAUACUGGUGAGCUUUUGCUCGUCAGUAAUAGACAGAAAAUGUAAAAUUGUAUUUGAAGCUAUUUAUUCUUUAAUGUUCUAAUUGUUUUCAGUGUAAUUUACACAUUCUGCUGCGUUGUUGUUGUUUUUUUACUUCAUGAUCAAAGUCCAGUUUUGUACUAUUUGUACCUCGAAAUGACCCCAUAGUUGAAUCUAAGAUAUGACACUAAUUAAUUAAAGUCCAAUGCAAGCCACUGGUAAGUAGUACAUGGAACACGGGUCUGGUCAAAACUUGGCAUUAUAUGAUCACAGCAGUUUAAGAAAUCCUUUUUUUAAUAUAUAGUUGUACAGUAACACAUAGUAUGAUCAUAAGAAAUCAAUUCUAUUGUGCAUUGUUUGUGUUUUGAAGCAUGGUUUGUUUUCUAAUAUUAGACACGCUGGAGCACAGUGGUAUACAUGUUCUUAUAAUACAGCUUACAGUAACUUGUCUGCCAGUGCAACAUGCUGUCCUUUUUAAAUGAGAAAGCACUAUUCAGCUUUAGAACUAAAAAAAAAAGGAUAAGGAAGUGCAUGUGCUCUUGGCUUCUCAGAUCACUUCUACUUAUCAGGGCACGCGCUUGCUGCUCGCAUCUCAAAGACAAUUUGGUCAGCUUACAAACCAGCCUGGUAAUGGCUUCUGACGGCUCCACAAUGCAGUUUGCAAAGAUAACUUCUGACAGAUGCCGCCUUCUCUUGUGAAUGCAGGCCUCCUAUCUCGUGUCUUUGUAGUUAAAGCGCUUUGCUGGGGGCUUGCUCGCUACACGCGUGUACCAGUGCUGUGUGUAACACUAGUUUAAGAAGUGUGCUGUGACUAAGUGCUUGUGUUUUAGAUGAAGAAGAUAUUGUUUUAGCUCCACCGAAUACUAAUAAUUCUGCACAGGUUGUUUGGCAAAGUAUUGAAAGGUAACCUACACCACUCUACUCCUGAAUUUGUAUCAGCUGCUUUGUCAGUUUAAACAUCUGUACAGUACAUGUGUUAAGCAACCAGUUCUCAUGUUUUAAGGUGGGCAGAGCUAUUUCAGUAUGUUUAAACUCUGCAGUGCAUUUCCAAUGCUGUUGCUUUUCAAAGAGACAUAAGUAUUUUAAAAGCAGGAGAUCUGAGAUCUUUGCAUUGGUGUUGUGAAAUGUUUCUUCGUUGUAGUUUUUGUUUGUUUUUUCUAUUAUUAUUAACUUGUUUUGCUCGGUAUCCUGAACACGUCGUACCCAUUGACCAAUUUGCAGUCUUUUCUUGUUGUUCCACAAAUGGUGAAAAAUGUUGCCAGAAGUGGGAGAGCUUUAUCAUCGUGUCAUAAUGAAUUUAUUUUUUGUAACCUAAAAUAUUGUUAACUGUAGUCAUGCCAAUAAGCUGUGCAUUGUGGCUAGAUUUUUAAUAAUGCAUCUCUACCUGAAUGGGUUUUCAAUAGUUUGAUUGGUUUUAUCCCACAGAUAAACCAAAUCUAUUUAUUUGUUUUAAGAAAAUGUCACAGAUCUGUUGCAGGUCCAUUUUAAUUAAUUUUAAACAAGCAGCCUAGAAAAUGUAAGGAUGAUCUGGUCCCCUAAUGAGUCUGCAGCUUUGGAUUAAUACUGCUGUAAGACACACACACACAUGCAGGAUCGUUUAAUAUUCAUGACCAUUUAGCCUCCAUGUGGGAGGUUUGAAAGCGCAGUGCCUCACUUGUCUGAACCAGUAGAGUUUACAUAUUUAAAGAAGAUUCUCUUAGACCAUGUUGAAAAUCCCAACUUCUGUUAAAUGUUCAGCAAACAGAAGUCUGUAUUUUCUUCUCUGUUUACAGCUUUGUUUACCCAGCACAGCUGCUGCUGACCUUUAUCAUGUGACUGUUUGUUUAGGUUACAGUGACAGAAUGUCAAAAAGGCUUUUAUUUUUACCACUGGAAGCAGCUUUAAAGAGUGUAAACAAACCGGAAAGCCAGCAGUAUCGUGUUACAGUGCACAGAAGGGCAAGUUAUGGAAGAAUGCAGUUAAUGAUCAAACAUGUGUCGUAUUUAACUGUAAAAACUGAUUGUGGGAUAUUGCAGCUUUAACGCAGUUCAAAGUUACUUUGAAGAAAUUGAUGUUCUGUCAAUUUAUUACUUUAAUUAUAUCUAUAUUUAGCACUAUUGCGUUCUUAACAGUUAUGGAUGCCAUUAGAAUCCAAAAUGAAAACGACCAUUCCAUGUUACUAAUGUAUGACAGUUCUGCAUAAAUAUUCCCUCAGACACAAGAGUUGGUUCAGAACCGUAUGUAACCAGGGAAUAUGAGACGACUAAGACAAACUGCAGUACUUUUGUUCUUUUAUUAACCGGGUUUGCAAGCUUUAUGAUGGGCAGAAAGCAACAUACUGUAGCAUGGUGUACAUGGGUUUGUUCCUGCACUUAAAUAAAAAUGCUGCUCAAAAAUGAGUGAUGAAAGGCAAAAUAUGGAUUAUAAAAUAACAUUUCUGUUUUAGGGUAGUGGUGGUGAUGACUCGUGUAUUGUAUUGUAUUGUUUCUUUAUUAAGCUUCACUAGAACCAUCCAAGUAUUUAAGGCAUUCCGUUUAUGAAUACCAGUCACAGUUUAUGUAACCUGUCACUUUGCUGAACCUUCUCUUUAUUAUUAAAACAACCAAUUUAUUAUUUAUUUACAAACUGUUGUUCAGUGCUUAACUGAGGUUUUUAAUUAUCUGUAUGUACUGUAUGGCAAUGAUAUCUAUGAUCCCUAAUAAAACAAAAUAAAAUAAAAAUACUGAUUUAAAAAUG